AUGUCUCUUUUCAUUCUUUCCUCACUCUUUCUGAUAUCUCCAUUUCUUUUUCUGUCAAUCCAUUUCCCUUUUUCCUCUUUACUCACUUUCACUCCCACACCCCCAUUUCUCUUUCUGCACUUGCCUCACUCUUACUCCCUCUUCCAUUUUCCUUUUCUGCUCUUUUCACACUAUUACCUUCCGUGGGGGAAAAUGAUUAUUUCCCUUUCUGUUUUUCCUCACUUUUACACUCACCCCCUAUUUCUCUUUCUACUCCUGCAUCACUCUUACUCCCUCUUUUCUCUUUUUGCUCUUCUUUCACUCUUAUUCCCUCCCUUUGUUUCCUUUCUGCUCUUGCCUCACUUUCAUUCUCUUCCCCUUACUAUUCUUCCCUCAUUCUUACUCCCUCCCCCAUUUACCUUUCAGCUCUUUCCACAUUCUUACUCCCUCUUCCAUUUCUCUUUCUGCUCUUUCUUUGUUCUUACUCCCUCCUCUUUCCUCACUCUUACUCCAUCUCCCAUUUCCCUUUCUGCUCUUUCCUCACUCUUACUUCCUCCUCUGUUUACCUUUCAGCCCUUUCCUCAUCUUAUUACCUCCCCCAUUUCCCUUUCUGCCCUUUCUUCAUUCUUACUCACUCUCCCAUUCCCUUUCUGCCCUGUCUUCAUUCUUACUCCCUCCCCCAUUCCCUUUAUACCCUUUCUUCAUUCUUACUCCCUCUCCCAUUUCCCUUUCUGCUCCUUACUCCCUCCCCCAUUUCCCUUUUUGCUCUUUCCUCACUCUUACUCCCUCCCUCACUCAUUUUCUUUUCUAUUCUUCCCUCAUUCUUAUUCCUCCUCAUUUCUAUUCUGCUCUUCCCUCACUCCUACUCCCUCCCAAAUUUCCCUUUCAGCUCUUGCCUCACUUUUACUCCCUCCCCAUUUCUCUUCCUGCUUUUUCUUCACUACUUACUCCCACCCUAUUUCCUUUCUGCUCUUUCCUCACUCUUACACCCUCCCCAUUUCUCUUUCUGAUUUUUUUCUAACUUUUACUCCCUUCCCAUUUCCCUUUCUGCUCUUUACUCACUCCCACUCCCUUCCCAUUUCCCUUUCUGCUCUUUUGUCACUCUUACUCCCUCCCCCAUUUCCUUUUCUGCUCUUUCCUCACUCUCUCCCCAUUUCCUUUUCUGCUCUUUCCUCACUCUCACUCUCUCCCCUAUUUCCCUUUCUGCUCUUUCCUCACUCUCACUCUCUCCCCUAUUUCCCUUUCUGCUUUUUCCUCAUUCUCACUCUCUCCCCCAUUUCCCUUUCUGCUUUUUUCUCACCCUUAAUCCUUCCACCAUUUCCCUUUCUAAUCUGUCCUCAAUCUUUCUCCCAUCUCUAUUUCCUUUUCUGUUCAUUCAUCUCUCUUUCUCCUGCCUCCAUUUCACUUUCUGGUCUUUCCCUUUUCUCCUCUCUGUUUUGCUUGUCUUUCCUCCACCAUGUAAAUCCAACUACAGACGUAUCAUCCAUUUUAAUAGUAAAUGCCAGAACAGUACUUCACUUGUCUCGCUUUGCAGUUGAGACAAAAACAGAUGCUCAACAAUGCAACAAGAGAUUUCUUGCUGCACACGAUGCUUACUUUCUAUUAAAAAAACAACUGCAAUUAUGA